GAGAGAGAGAGAGAGAGAGAGAGAGAGACCAGAAGCCUCUCUUCUUCUUCUUCAUCAAUUCUCUCUGUAUCUCUGUCGCUAAGUUUCAAUAGAUUGAAUUGAUCUUUGUUCCCUUACGAUGCCGUCCCGAAGAAGGACCCUCUUGAAGGUCAUCAUCCUUGGGGAUAGCGGGGUUGGGAAGACCUCUUUGAUGAACCAAUAUGUAAAUAAGAAGUUUAGUAAUCAAUACAAGGCCACCAUUGGAGCUGAUUUUCUGACUAAAGAGGUGCAAUUCGAAGAUAGACUUUUCACUUUGCAGAUAUGGGAUACAGCAGGCCAGGAACGAUUCCAAAGUCUUGGUGUUGCUUUUUACAGAGGUGCUGAUUGCUGCGUUCUGGUGUAUGAUGUCAAUUCAAUGAAAUCAUUUGACAAUCUUAACAACUGGCGGGAAGAAUUCCUUAUUCAGGCGAGCCCUUCCGAUCCCGAAAAUUUUCCCUUCGUUGUUCUAGGAAAUAAAGUUGACAUAGAUGGUGGAAACAGUAGAGUUGUUUCGGAGAAAAAGGCACGAGCUUGGUGUGCAUCAAAAGGAAACAUCCCAUACUUUGAAACUUCUGCCAAAGAAGGCAUUAAUGUGGAAGAAGCCUUCGAAUGCAUUGCAAAAAAUGCCCUCAAGAGUGGGGAAGAGGAAGAGAUAUACUUACCCGACACCAUCGAUGUUGCGAGGAACAACCAGCCAAGAUCAUCUGGAUGCGACUGCUGAGUUCAAUACACUGAAUCACCUCUUAUUCUAUUUCAUUCUCCAGUAAAUCUCAAGUCUUCUAUAAAGGUCCUACAGACUCAGGCUUUUUAUGCAUAUUCCUAUUUGUACAUUUGGCUUUGCAUUUGAACAAAUCCUGUCAUUAUCGACUCAGUUCGUGUUUGGUCGUUGCAAGUUGUGUUUACUAUCUUAGGGGUUUAUUAAUUAUCCAUCUCGUGACCGACUCUAUGCCUGAGCCUCAUUUGUUGAUGACAAUCAGUUUGUCGCCUAAGUUUAUGUAAUUCUUCUCAGUGAACGUAUUGAUUCUUGUUUAUUUGCUAGGAUUUUGGUUCUUCUGUUCAUGCUUCAAUAUAUUUUAGAUCUUCAACCA